AUGAGUAUUAUGGCUAUAUUCAAAAAUUGCAUUGAACACUUCCGAGGCAAAUUUUCCAAAAAUUACAUUCCUGCUCAAACUCCUAAAGCUCAUUCGAAAAAGAAAGUGCUUGUUUUAGAUUUAGAUGAGACCUUAGUUCAUUGUGAAUUUAAGGAGAACAAUAAUUUUUAGUAUGAAGCUCUAUUAAAAGUAAUUCAUAAAGAAUAAGAAUAUAAAAUUCACUUAAGAACCCGACCACAUUUAAAUAAAUUCUUAUUAGAAGCUAGUCGGGAUUAUGAAAUCAUAAUCUUUACUGCAGGUUAUGAAGUUUACUGUGAAAAAGUGCUAGAGUAUAUUGACAAAGAUAGAUUAAUUUCGGAUUAUUACGCAAGAGGAAGUUGCCAGUUUAUUAAUGGUGUAUGCUUUAAAGAUUUAUCGUUACUGGAUAGAUCGAUGGAAGAUAUUAUUUUUAUAGAUAAUAAUCCUAAUGCUUUUGAUAGGUGCCAAGAUAAUGGAUUAUUAAUACCUUCCUAUCUUGAUUCUGAUGAUGAUGACUGUCUCUUAAAAUUAAUUCCUUUUCUUAAAUUUUUAUCAAAGAAAAAAGACCUAAGACCAAUAAACUAACAUGUUCAUACAUAUGAAAAUAAUAUUGGUGAGCCAUUAUUCACAGACCCCUAAAAAACAUUAGAAAUAUAACAAUAAGCGGUUGAUGAGGAUUCUCUAAGUGAAGAUAAUGUAAUUAAAUAAGAAAAUGAUAUUACAGAUUUAGAUAUUAAACAUAAAAAAACUUAAACUCAUUUCGAACCAGUUUUUAAGAUUAGUAACAAAUUAAGAAGUGCAACUCUAUUUUCUGGCUGA